UUUAAUUAAAAUUAUUUUAAUUCAGUACUCAGUAGUUUUAAAUUAAGUGUAGAUAAAGAUCAGUAAUUAAAAAUGACAAAUAUUUUAGAAACUUUAAUUUACGCCUCGGAAAAAGCUGCUCGUAUAGCUCGAUCCUGCUGUAAUAGUAGUGAAUCAAUAUUGGUAGCGGAAAAGGGCGAUACUGAAGCUAAUCCGCGUUUUGAUAAAGAUUUUAAAACUAUUGCUGAUGUAUUAGCGCAAGAAUCUGCUAAAGAGUUUAUAGUGUCACGAAUACCAGAAUUAAAGGGUGAGGUACGAGGUGAAGAAUGUUCUGAGAUCGGCGGCAUUUCAAUAGCAUUACAGGAGAAUUCUGAAGAAACGAUCAAUUUACUUAGCAAAAUACUACCGAUAGAUACCGCUAAAUGUAUGGCUAAAGCUGCUCAUAGUGAUGUUGAGCAACUGAAUUAUGGAGAAACACUUCCUGACAUUCCAAAUAUAGAUUAUUCUGACUUGGGAGUAUGGAUAGAUCCUAUUGAUGGAACAGCUGAAUUCAUUUCUGGUGUUCGAGGUGAAGCAAAGCCUGGGCACGGUCUGCCUUGUGUCACUGUUCUUAUUGGAGCUUAUUUGAAGUCUACAGGACAACCAGUUGUCGGAGUUAUCAAUCAACCAUUUUAUGAUAAUGGGGAAGGAAGAAUUGUUUGGGGUGUUAAAUAUGGAGAUACACAAUUAUCGUCUCAUGAAAGCACAAGUAAUGAUAACAAGGUUAUUCUCAUGAGUAGUGCUGAAAAUGAGGAGGUAAUAGAAAAAUUUAAAAACAUUGGAUGGGAAGUACAAUCUAUGUCUGGAGCAGGACAUAAGCUGUUGAAGGUUGCGUUAGGUGAGGCGAGUGCAUACAUUGUAUCAAAAGGGACAACUUUCCGCUGGGACACAUGUGCCCCACAUAGCAUUAUUUGUGCCAAAGGUGGCGAUGUGGUUUGCUACAAAAAUCAUACACAGUUGAAAUAUAACAACCCACAAAACAUGGAUAUUCAAGAAUAUUGCAAUCAAUUUGGAAUAAUUGCAUUUACUGAUUCGUCUGUGUUUGAAGAAAUUAAAGAUGUUAUUAAGAUUGAUAACUAGAAUAUGAAAUGUUUUCUGUAUGAGCUCUUUACAUUCUUAGUUAAAUUAUUUUACCGUUUGGUAUAACGUCUAGUCAUAAUUUAACAAUUAUAUUUUAUUAAUUUUUUUUGGGAUUCUUGAAAUUUGCAUUUCUUAUCAGAAUAUUUUUUAGAAAAUAAUAGUUUGUAGAACAUAAUUAAUUAUAAAUUAAAUUACCUCAUACCAGGUUUUAAUUCCACAAGUCCACAUAAAGCCACAUUAAAGUAUGUUUCUAUAAUUAUUAAUGUUCUAUUAACACUUAAAAAAAUGUUUGCAUGGAUCCUUCUAACGUGAAUUUGUUAGUACCUGAAUAUUAAUGAUCUCAUAUUAUUAUAUUUACUCUAAUUAUUCAAUAUUUUUUUCUUAAAAUAUUUAAUACAUUUUAUUGUUAACUAAUUAAUUUGAUGUUUU